UCUUGUCUCUCUUCCCCCUCCACCCCCACCCGCAGUGGUUCCAGCAGCAGCAUGGUCGCCAUCGACAACAAGAUCGAACAGGCCAUGGACUUGGUGAAGAGCCACCUGAUGUACGCAGUGCGCGAAGAGGUGGAGGUGCUGAAGGAGCAGAUCAAGGAACUGAUCGAUCGCAACAGCCUGCUGGAGCGGGAGAACGCCCUGUUAAAGUCACUGGCCAAGCCGGAGCAGCUCUCCCAGCUCCAGGCUCAGCUCCGGAGUACAGCCAGCACCGCCAGUGGGUCAUCAGGGUCCUCACCUCCCACCAGCACUGCCUGAGCUUGGGGGGGAGGUGGCACCGCGCAGCUGAGCGCUCAGUACUGGGCGAGGGGAGGGGGGGGGCGUUGGAGAGGGGUGGCCCUGUUCCUAACCCCCUCCUCACCACCACUCUCCACCCCCCCUUCAAAAAAACACUACGCACUAGAGCACGUCAAACUGCCGGGCAGGGGGAGGAUCAUGUGCUGACACUCCAGCCCGGGAGGCCACAGGGUGCAAAGUAUUUCUAAACGGACUGAUGGAUGUGAUGCUGCUAACCCUGGCAUUCGCUGCCUUUUUAAUAAGACUGUGUGCGGGGCGGGGUGGGGCCGUCAGACUGGCUGCUUUCUCCUGCAGGCAACUCCAGGCCAGGGCGGAGGUUGUGGAAUGAGGUGAGCUCCUCUUCAACCCCUGCACUGCUGCCUGUCUGUCUACACUCACUCACUCACUCACUCACUCGCUCGCUCGUGCUCUCUCUGUCUCGCUCUCUUUCUCUCACAAUUGCUUUCAUUUCCUGUCUUUCACCCAGGCUCUCUCUCCUCCCUUGUUCCUGACUCCCACCUUCCCUAAGAUGGGAAUCCAAUGAGUGAGCAUGUUCAUGGAGAUGGGAUAUGGAAGCAGUGUUUGGUUGGGAUGAACAGAGAGGGCGCGGGGGUUGGUGUUGGGACGUGAAAUCCUUCUCCCCACUGUCCCACAUUGCCCUCCUUCCUCAAGUUGUUUGGGUACAGUCACCCCUAGUCCUCCCCCACCCACCACCCCCCGCUGCUGGCCUCAUGUCGAUGUACAGGAUUCCCACUGAGCGGGUUGGAUAGAGAGAGAGCCUCUGCACACACUGCUUUUGUUAGUGUUUGUUAAAAUUGAUAAAAGAAAAGCCUUACCUUACCUCACUCGGCAGCGCCAGCCAAUUGCUUCCUCAAAACGCCUGACGAAAUGUUUUUCCACCAGCCUGGCCCCACCUUGAGGAGGGGUCUGAGCCCCACCCAGGACCCUUGUCAAGCGGAGGAAGCUGGUGACCCACCAGUUAGCGCCCUCAUGGGGGCGUCCACACCAAUCUUCGGGCCCCAUUUAGCCAAGCCCAGGAAGAGUGGCAGCAGAUUGGAGCUGGGUUUGGAGAGCAGGGGCCUUCCUGUUUCCGGAUUGUCUCUGAGCCUUGACCUGCUCUUCCCAUCACAAAUGGACGCCCUCUGGGCGGUCAGGGAGUGAGAGAGAUGGCUCCACUCUGAUCCACGUCUGCCAGGGUUACCAGAGGUCAGCUCUAGCUUCCUCCGUCCGGUAAUGGAAAGGCCACACAUGAGCCUGGGGAGAGAGUGGGCGCUGGCACAGAGACUUAAUGUGUCUUGGGGGGGGGGGGGGCAACUGUACGCCAAGGUCAUAGAUAUCUGCAGAGAGGGGGGAGGUCAGUCAAAGGGCCUGGCUUCGAGGGUCUCUGGAAGUGGGAAUGAGAUUAAAACAUCCCCGCUCCCUCUCACCCCCACCAGUUUAAUAGAGAUGAAACAACACCAGCUUUACUCAACUGCAUUACUCUCUCUCCCUCUCUCUGUCUCUUUCUCUCUCUCUCUCUCUCUGUCUAGUUUACAUACCUACAGCCUUUAUUGACUGAGGGAUCAGUGAAUGAGGCGAUGCAAUCCGUUUGGUUCUCGAGGAGUGUGGUUUUUGACCUUUCCUCAGCUUCAAUUGGGGCUUAUCCGUUUUGAAUAAUCACUGGUUCGAUUCCGUGGGGCGAGAGCAUGAAACCGGGCGGAAGAUAAGCUUUGUAAUAUUUACAAGUGGUGCAUUUAGUUUCGGAGAUCACCCCAAACUUUUCUUUUCGAACGAGGAGGGAAAGGAGCCAAGGGCUCCUCACAGGGAUGCUUCAAAAUUUGAACCCGGCUGUGGUCGCUCGGUGAGAGACUGGUGCUGUGGCUCCCCCUGCAGUGUGCGCUCAGUCGGGGCGUGGAAUCCAAAGCUUAGGGCUUCGUGCUGGAAAGGACUUGCUCAGAGAGAGUAGUCAUGUGUUCGGUUGGUCCGGGGAGCUGGGUUGGAGGAAUGAGUGGGUUUGGGGGGGCUGGUGACAGAAGAAACAAAGUUAAGGGUGGACGGGGAGAUUGCCCAGCCACAUGCCUGAGACUCCACAGGUUCAGUAACUCCUGCAGCUGAGCAGGGUAAACCAGUGACUGGGUUUGAUACUGGGAGGGAGGGGGUAAGGACAAUUCAGUCACCGCCCUGGCUGGUGUUGGGGUGGGGGGGGGAGAGCCGCACUGUGCCAGAACGUUGUCUGCGGAUGGUCCCGUUACACCACGGACGGUCGCCCUCGGGUGCAGAGGACGGAGGUCUGUCUGCUCAGAGUUGGGGAGCCGCAGCCACCAGGGCACGUGUGUGAGACCGAAAGAUUCAGCUCUGAGCGGCUCCUUGGUGCUGUUUGACAGCGGAAGGAGGGAGCUCCCCCCACCCACUACCAACCCCUCCCGGGGUCUCAUCCUGCCGUGGGGGUUUUUGAGAGUCCCGGAGGAAGCUCACUCUCUGGCCACAGUCCUGCGGGUGCUUGUGUAGGUCAGCAGGGUGUGGACAUUUUAUUCAGCCCAGCCAGAAUGGCUUGCUGUACCCUGCAGUGACCUCCCACCUGGAUGGAGCUGGGGCAGAGAUUCCUUUGUUAAACAGAAACCCGCCCGCAGCCCUGCUGACUAACCCAUUAGAUUGCUUGUUGGGAGUGAGGGGUUAGGAAGAUUGUCGCCUGUCUGUACCAUGAUUUCUGCUGGCUCUGUGGGGGGGGGGGGGAGUGAUCUCUCCGAAUGGGACCGCGUUGGAUCUAACCCCAUGUGCACAGCACCGUCUUUAUUUGCUCCGCCAACUUAUCGUUUUGGGGAUUUUUUUCUAUGA